AGACAUGGAGAUCUUCGCGGCUUGAAGACCGGCAAGAAGCUCCAAUAUCGCUAUUGAAUGGCCAGAUUCCCCGACCGAUUUUGAAUCUUCAAUCUUCUCGAGCGUUGGGCUGCUUCUUCAGUGACGGUACCCUGCGUGCACGAGGUUGAUAUGAUGAGGUCCAUGUGGCAGUUUGGGCGAUUUGAUGAGACCCGUGUCCAGGUGAGAUCAAACUCAUUAAUUCCCACUACUAUAUUAUUAGGCAUAAUAACUACUGCCUGUCACCCUGGUGUAGGAGCAGCUCGCAAGGCUGUCCAAACUGGCUCUGCGAUUGGCGACUUGGAUCUCUUUUUUACCCACUUGAAACGAGCAAAUUUGAGCAAAUUCCAAUCCCAGCGUCUUCUGUCUGGCUGAGUCUGAGUAAGACGCGACAUGGUUCAGGGAUCUCAACCUCGAUUGACGUGGCCCGACGCCAAA